AGUAUCGAUACUGAGAAAUCUAUGUGACUCCACAGAGUGUGGGAGAGCGAGAGUAGAGAGGCAGAGAGAGGGUAGGCUACCUUCUAUUUAAGCAGCGAUUGAGGGGCCCUUAAACUCCAAAGUUUUCAAAUUAAGCCGAACACAGGUGCUCCUUUCUUACUGUCAACUGAUCUAGGUCGGAGGCUUUCAAUCAGUACGACUGAGCGUGAAGACUAGCGGAUGUCAGAACCAGCUACAAUCUUUUAAAGUUCAUCAUUUUGACAACAAAGACUUUAAAGUAUUUUAUUAAUAAUUAUCCAGCUGGGAAACACCGGCAACAACCCUUCAGCUACAUCUGUUAUUAGGACAACAGAACGUUGAGAUCGUCUAUCACAGCAACAGCACUGCCCAGAGAAUAGAACAAUAACAUUUACCAUAAUCUGUACAUUUUACAGAGAAAAACUAACUUUAUUUUGUGAAUCAAAACUCUCCCGAGGUGCAGCCAAAAGAGACCGGACAAGUGCCCCACAACUGCCGAAAAAUCUUCAAGUGACUUUCUGGAAAACUCGUCUUUGACGUACCGUCAUUAAUUAAUACCACCGUGUUUUCUUAUCCCAGUACAUUUAUUUGUAAUCGAUGGAUAUGAACGCGGUGAAGCGACAGAUCUUGUAUCUCUUCUAUGUCUUGUUGGUUGGAGACGUAUCAUUUGGGGCCAUACGACAUCUUAGAAAGAUAUGUAAG